AUGGACGAGUCCUUUUCAUGCAUUGGAUCUCAAAUGAUCAAUGCAGCAUCAAAACCAAUUCCUCAAGAUGAACACUUGAAAUUCUUCACAAUGAUAUGUGUUGAGUGCAUCCGAGCCCUGGAAUCAGAAGAUGAGUUGAACCAAUUCCUAUCACACCAAGAGUAUUUCAAUCCCUACGGUCUUGAAAUAAUGAAUUCAUCCAGCUAUGGACUACUUCCAAAGAUCAAAAUUCUGAAGUUUUGGGCAAAAAACAUGUUUAUAUAUCUGAAGAGUAAGAACAUUAGAGGUGCAGAAAAUUUGAUUUCAACUGUGAAUCACCUUGUGAAAUAUGACUUUGAAGAGAUAAGUGCCAAGAUGGAAGAGUAUCAGGAGGGAUUAGUAGCUGGUAAAUUUAGAUUAAAAAAGCCAAUCCUCCAUGGAUUCUUGACUUAUUAUGCCCAAAACACCAAACAUAAAGGUAACAUUGAAUUUAUCAUGGAUCCUAUAAAUGAGACUUGUAAACCGGGAUGUUCUAUGCCAGGAAUUGGUUCAUGA